AGAUCAGCUGUUAGAAUGUUCAGCUUCGAAGGACAGUUCCGCAGAAGGCCAACCCAGGCCCUCGGUGGGGCCAGCCGUCUCAAUGAAACCAGCCGUGAUGAGCUCCUCCGUCAAAAACAAGAGAGGCGCCGUCUCCGGGAAUUCGAGAAGAGGAAAGAGCACUGCGUGGUCAAGAUACAAGCUGUGAUUCGAGGCUUUUUGGCCCGGAGAAGAGUUGCCCGUUUAUCGCGUGAGGUGUUCGACAAAGCAAUCGCCGACGGGGUUCCAAUAGCGCAAAUUGCUCCCCUCAUCACAAAGUUUUUCUUUUUCUAUGAGUCUCCGAGAGACGACGAUAGACUAUCGAAAUUGAGUCAAACUCUGCUGAUCCGUCACAAGGAAGUCCUCAAAGUAAUUUCGAGAGACGAUCCCAAGGCGUGGAGUAAAAAUCUCUCUGGCGUCCUCAUCGCGAACCUGAGGCUACUGCAUAAGAACAAUUCCUCGCUGGUUCUACCCUUACGUCUCGUGGAGAUCUACGCGUGUCCGUCGAGCUUUCCGCUGUGGCUGUACCUGAUUAAGCUGCAAUAUUUCAAAAUCAUCAAGCACCUGCUGGAAACGCGAUGUCCGGAGGUCGACGAGGCUUGCCUCAAACCCCCCACACCCUUGACCGAAUCCUUGCUGACACUCCUCCGGAAACCAUUGGAGAGCUGCUCAAACGAUGAGGAGAAAGCUAUCGUGCUACACGAGCUGCUGCAAGCCUUCUUCGUGGAUAACGAACACCGAUCGCUGGAUUGCCGAGUUUAUUACAUACUUUUACCGAUGCUAGCCAACUGCGAUCCUAAACUAUUGCCCGCGAAUGUCCUGAUAGCAACCAAUGAGCGAGGCGGCAAGAACUCCAUCUGGAAAUUGCAUGCCAUCGCGACCAUCAUGAGCCGACGGGUCCCAUCGAUGUCCCAAAAAGAUAUAAUAGACUACUUGAGUCUGUUGAGGAGUCAGAUGCUCGACGUGCUCGUCUCGACCUCCGUCCGAGCGUCUGAUCCGGUCGAGAGAGAGAACUCCGAUUCCGACUCGGACGAAGAAGAGACGGAGAUGGACAUGGAAGUUGAACGAAAUGUCCUCGAAAGAGCCGCUGUGGAGUCCUUGUGGUGUUUGCUCAACGAAGAGGCUUUCAUUCAGAAAGUCAUAGACUCUGUCGAAGCGCUACAAUCAGCGGAUGCCCUCGUUUCGGUCAGCUGCUUAAGUUACGUUAUGCAAGUUCACAUGAAAUCCAAUUCGCGGAGGUCUCCGCUUCUAUAUCGGAUCGCCUUCCGUCCACCUUUCCUCCGGAUGCUGUGGACCGCUGUGGCAGCGUUCACGAACGAAGAUGCGGUUCCGCUAUUGAAGAUGAUCUCUCAGGGCGUGAAACCUUCGAAGGAACAGACAACGUCGUUUCUACCUCUAUUGAUUUUCUUCUGCACUUCGUUCGCUGGUCUCCUCCCGACCGUCUACGAGGCCGAGUUCUAUCACGAAGCGACCAUGGAAGUCGGUGCCAAAUGCAACAUGAUGCCCUUCAGCUUGACGGAACUGGCCUCGAUCGCCAUACGUCUCAGAGACCUCGCCCUCGGCCUCGUCGACUUGGCUUUCCCCGGGCAUACUCAGCCGAAAGAGGCGACGAACGAAGAUGUGAACGUAGAACUUUGGUUGACGCUCUUCCAGAGUGUUGUCCGGCUGCUUCACCAGCUAUACGCCCGUGACUGCCGUAGGAAAUUCUGUGAUAAUUGGAUCGUGGACCUACUCGUCAUCCCGGAGCAAAUCAACGACACCUGCUUGAAGACAUCGUACAUCAAGCGUAAACCUUUCCAAAAUUCCACUCAGCGAUGCAAGGAUAAUUCCGCAGAUGAGAUGUCCCGCGUCCAAGUCCUCGAAACCCGCACGGCGACUAUCCUGCAAGAGCUGCCUUUCGUCAUUCCUUUCCACACUCGGGUAAGGAUCUUCAAGCACUUCCUCGAGAUGGAACACACGGUCAACUAUCAGAAUCGGAUGAGGGUCGCGCAGCUCGUUCAGAUACGACGGGACUUCCUUUACGAAGACGCAUUCCGUAACUUUGGCCACGAUUCAGACAUCAAUAUCCGGAAGCACAUGAAGGUCCAAUUGAUCAACUCGGCCGGCAUGGAGGAAGCUGGCCUCGAUGGUGGAGGCCUCACUCGGGAAUUCCUCGGUGAACUCUUGAAAACAUCCUUCGACAUCAACCGAGGUUUCUUCAAGACAACAGCCGACAACCUAUUCUAUCCCAAUCCUUCCGUUCAUCUCAUCGUCCCAAAAUCCCAGGAGCACUACUACUUCAUGGGAAAAAUGUUGGGCAAAGCGAUAUACGAGUUCAUGCUUGUCGAACUUCCGCUGGCGGAGUUCUUCCUGUCCAAAAUGCUAGCCUGGCACGGGUCUGACCUCGACAUCCACCACCUGGCAUCGUUGGAUCCUGUCUUGUACAAGAACCUUCUGUUCACAAAGUCCUAUCGGGGUAACGUUGAAGAUCUGGACCUGAACUUCACAGUCGUGAUGAACGAUCUGGGAGAGCAGCACACGAUCGAAUUGAAACCGAACGGCUCACAGAUAGCAGUGACAAACGCCAAUCGGAUCGAGUACGUUCAUCUCAUGGCCGACUUCAAACUGAACAAACAGAUCCGACAGCAAACCGCUGCCUUCAAAUCAGGAAUGGCGGAAAUCGUAGAUCCCCACUGGUUGCGAUUGUUCGAUCCGAAAGAGCUACAGAUUCUUAUUUCGGGAGCCAAGUCCGCGAUGAACUUGGCAGACUGGAGGAAGAACACCGUUUACGCGAACGGAUAUUCCGACGAUCAUCCUGUAAUUGAAAACUUCUGGCGGGUAGUGCAGAGCUUCGACGAAACUCAACAGGGUCAGCUUCUGAAGUUCGUGACGAGUUGCUCUCGGCCGCCGCUCCUCGGUUUCAAGGAGCUCCAGCCAUUAUUCGGCAUCAAUAGAGUGGAAUCAACGGAUCGACUACCGACGGCGGCAACAUGCGUCAAUUUAUUGAAGUUGCCGGAAAUCGAGGAAUUCGAUCUAAUGAAGAGUAAACUUCUGUACGCAAUACAAUCAAACUCAGGCUUCGAGCUGAGUUGAUUCGGAGGCUACUUUGUAUUCGGGUGUGCUGAGAAACGGCGGGAGGCUUCGCGUCGAUCUGCGGAAUCCAAUGCCCCAAUGUGGUGGAGAGCUGGCAUAGAUUUUCCACUCCCCGAGGAAAAUAUUGCAAGAAUGUUGUACAUUUCGAGAAGACAGAUCGAGAAGAUCAGACGACAGAGUCUAAGCUGA